CCGAAUGUCGCAGCCAGCACGCAACAAAACUUACUUACUUUGUGCCGCUGGCAGCAUUGCAGUGAUAGGGCUCACGGUCUUGGGGGCACAAACACGAAAUCCUGGCCCUCGCCAGGACUCCCAAACUCGUGAUCCUUCAAUCCUUAAAUCGCUCGACGCUGAGGCUUCCCGCACUACCAACACUUACUGGCAACUUCCUAUCCGCGAAGAAGACGACCAUCAUCGCAAGCACAACAUCCGCUGACUUCCGCGCUUUCUCUGCAAGCUCUGACCGCGGCACCCGCUCGCUAUUCAACAGCAAGCAACUUCCCUCAACCACUGCUCCAGAGGCGAAGCCAGCAACACAGGCGUCAGGCUCAGCGGCCGAGAUGGCGCGCUUCCCCUACACCACCCUGCGCAUCUUCCAGCAGGGCGCGCAGGCGGUGGUGCAGCCUGUGCCUGAGGGCAAUGCGUCGUCCGUGGAGACGCUGGUGGUGGACCUGGCGAACGGGAAGUCCACGGUGACGCCGAGCCAGAGCGUCAUGCGCGGCACCCCCACGAUCGAAUGCCUUGGCCUUCUGGGCAUCAGUAAGCUGACCACCGGCGCGGCGGCGCUGGUGGCCAUCACCGAGGCGCGGCAGGUUGCGGCUCUGGGCCCCAACAGCAGCGCCGUGUACGAGCUGGUGCGGGCGCAGGUGCUCACGGAGCCGGGCGCAGACAAGAACAGUGCCAACCGACAGCUGCUGUCGCUGCUCAAGGAUGCUGUGGACCCCGCGCGCUCCGGCCGCGGCAUCUACUUCUCCCACUUCUACGACCUCACGCAGUCCAGCCAGCGCAUCGCCGACCGCGACGCCGACCCCGUGGCCGCCGCCGCGCCGCUGGCCUCGCCGCAGCGCGCCGACGCCCGCUUCUGGUACAACCGCACGCUGGCCGCGUCGCUGCUGGAUGCGGGGGCACACAGGUUCACUCCGCCCGUCAUGCUGGGCUUCCUACGCCAGCUGCCGGGGCUGCACUUCGCCGGCGGCAAGUCCGCCACGCUCACGCUCAUCGCGCGCCGCGGCGUGGACCGGGCCGGCACGCGCCAGUGGCGCCGCGGCUGCGACAGCAAGGGAAACGUGGCCAACUUUGUUGAGACGGAGGAGGUGGUCACCACGCCCGCCGGCGACCUGGCCAGCUACGUGCAGGUCCGCGGCUCCAUCCCGCUGCUGUGGACGCAGCUGCCCAACAUCAAGUACAAGCCCACCACCGUCAUCGCGGCGCCGGGCCAGUCGGUGGCGGUGUUUGACGCGCACAUGGCCUCACUGAAGGCCGCGUAUGGAGACGUGGUGGCAAUCAACCUCAUCAACCACAAGGGCACGGAGGGCAAGCUGCAGGUGGCUUUCCAGGCUGAGGCGGAGCGCUACACGCGCACGCCCGGCGCGGGGCUGCACUACAUCGCCUUCGACUUCCACCACGAGUGCAGCAAGGGCCGAUACGACCGCAUCGAGCUGCUCAUGCAGAAGAUCGCGCCGGACGUGAACCGCCAGGCAUUCUUCCUGCGGCGUGCGGGCGGCGAGAUCGUCAAGCGGCAGGCCGGCGCGGUGCGCACCAACUGCAUCGACUGCCUGGACCGCACCAACGUCAUGCAGGGCGUGCUGGGACGCAAGGCGCUGGAGGCGAUGCUGUCGGCGCUGGGCCUGAUGCCCAGCACGCCGGGCGCGCACAGCCUGCCGGCGACCUUCCCCGCCGUGGAGAAGGAGUUCAAGAUCCUGUGGGCCGACCACGGCGACGGCGUGUCCACGCAGUACGCGGGCACGGGCGCCAUGAAGAGCGGCUUCACGCGCACCGGCAAGCGCACCUUCGGCGGCGUCAUCGACGACGGCGUCAAGGCCGUCACGCGCUACUACCUCAACAACUUCCAGGACGGGCGGAAGCAGGACGCCAUCGACCUGGUGUCAGGCGCCUACCAGGUGGUGCCCGGCUCCAAGCUGCCGCUGCGGCCGCAGCCCUCGCCGCUCAUCCCCAUCAUCCUGGCGCUGGCCAUGGUGGCGUUCGGCGCGCACCAGGCCGGACAGUACAUGUCUGGCGGUCUGGCGCCGGUGGCGGUCGGUGUGGCGGACGCGGCGGCGAGCGGCGCGGAGGCCGUGACGCAGUCGCAGCUCGCGGUGGUGCUUGUCCGGGCGGUGCUGCCGCUGGUGCUGGGGCUGGGCCUGCUGGCGUUCGUGGUGCAGAACGGCAAGCACCUGGUCAACAAGCCGCUGCUGUGCCCGCACCUGGCGGUCACGGUGCAGGCGGCCAAGACGAGCAGCGGCAAGGGCGGCAAGCAACAGUAGCCGGGGCAGGAGGGCCGGUGGCUGGGGUGCUGAGGCGUGGGCGCGAGGUUGCGUGCGUAUGUUGGUAGGUGCGGGAGUUGGGACUGGUUGUGGUGGUUGGCGGCGGAGGGGAUCGGCCACACGCAGUCGACGUUUGUACAGAGCUGAGUUUUUUUGCACAGUAGAAUGUAGGUAUGCACAGAUGGCCCUAAUACACAACGGGGGAAUGUCGCAUCCGUGGAGGGCACUGUAGGUAUGCACAGUUGGCUACCGUAUCUUUAGUCGGGAGGAAGCGUGGUCAAGAGGGGCGCAGGGUUGAAGGCCGCAUGCUUGCUGGUGGGUAGGGGU